ACCGGUGUGAAUGGGAGCAGAGCAAGCCAUAAUGUAUUAGUACUAUGUCCAGGUAGUUAUAUCAUAUUUGUCAUUUGUGCUGUGCUCCGAGCCUGCUGUGUAAGCAGCCCCACGUUUCCUUCACAAUUACACCACGCUGGAGUUACAAUGACUGCUCUCUUGGGGGUAAUGCUUGAAUCGUCAUCUGGUCCAGAGAUGGAUAACGAGUCGUUGUUUUCCUUUAAUGAUUCCUGCCUGGGGGGUAUGGUGUACCUAUGUACCAAUAUGUCAGACUUGGAAAAGUAUGGGGACCCUCCACGACCACCUCAGCUGGUAGACGCAUGGCUAGUACCCCUAUUUUUUGCCAUGCUGAUGUUAGUAGGGUUGACUGGAAAUUCUCUGGUGAUUUACGUUAUCUCCAAGCACAAGCAGAUGAGAACUGUCACCAACUUCUAUAUAGCUAAUCUGGCAGCAACAGACAUUAUCUUCCUUGUUUCCUGUGUGCCUUUCACAGCUGCGCUUUAUCCCCUGCCUGGCUGGAUAUUUGGGGAAUUUAUGUGCAAGUUUGUCAACUACAUCCAGCAGGUGUCAGUACAAGCCACCUGUGUCACUCUUACAGCCAUGAGUGUGGAUCGUUGGUAUGUCACCGUGUACCCACUGCAGUCUCUGCGCCAAAGAACCCCACGUGUAGCUGCUGCAGUUAGCGUGGGUAUCUGGAUUGGUUCCUUCAUUGUAUCUAUCCCAGUUCCAAUCUAUAAUCAACUUAUUGAAGGCUACUGGUUUGGACCACAGAUAUACUGCAGUGAAUCAUUCCCAUCUGUAUCACAUGAAAAAGCUUUUAUCCUCUACAACUUUCUGGUGGUCUACUUGCUGCCAUUGAUCACAAUCUGUAUCUGUUACUCUGCCAUGGUAUACCAGAUGGGCCGUCCAUCUGUGGAACCAGUCGAUAAUAGCUACCAGGUACAGCUACUAGCAGAGAGAUCUGAACUGAUGCGUACAAAGAUAUCUCGUAUGGUGGCUGUAAUUGUCCUGCUGUUCACAAUCUGUUGGGGACCCAUCCAGCUCUACAUCCUGUUUCAAGCCUUUAGUCCCAGCUUUAAACGGGAUUACUACACCUACAAAGUGAAGAUUUGGGCCAACUGCAUGUCUUACACCAACUCAUCAAUCAACCCUAUUGUAUAUGCUUUUAUGGGAGCCAACUUCCGCAAGGCCUUCAAUAAGGUCUUCCCCUUCCUUUUCAAGCAACGAGUGGGAAGUACUGGGGUGGCUAAUGCCAACGCAAAUACAGAAAUGCAUUUUGUGUCCUCAGGCACUUAAAAUGUCAAAGUCAGGAUUCAUUUGGACGUUUAGGACAUUAACUAUCAUGUUGUUAUACAAGCCAUUGUUUACGUAAUGAAGAGACUAGCCAUGCAACCAUGAAAUCAGGUCUACAAAUCUGCCUCAUUAUUUUACUACAUACAUUUUCAACACAUACCUAAGACUUGUGAUU